AUCCUUUGGCUUUGGCUUUGGAUUGAGCUUUUUAGCAAGAAGGUCUUUCUAUGAAGCUUACCAGCUGCUUACCGUAACGAUGGAGUUACAAGCAGUUGAAAAACAAUACAAUGAUGUUCUGUCCAGAGUUCGAGCUCAGUACGGCUGGUUGGAGUCGCUCGACUCAUCUUCGAAUGCUGACUUGGAUUUGUGCUCAGCCGAACAAUUGUAUCGUGAUGUAUGUGCGAAAGCGCAGCCACUCAGUGCGGAAUGGAUGUCUACUCAGCAACUGCGAGUGGACCUUAUACGUCAGGACUACCAGAACAUGAUGCUUCGCUCGGCCACUUGCCAACUGCUUACAGCUCAGAGUGACCUGAAGGAGGAGCUGGAGCAGUUUCGGCAGCAGUACUUUGCGCGUCCUGCUGAAAAGACUCCACGUACGAAGAGAAUUGACGACCUGAGCCGGGCUAUGUCCGAGGAGCGCAUGCGUUGGCAGCAGGAGCGUAAGGCGUUGUCCGAGCAGCUCACCGAGAUGAUGACUGCCUUCCAUGAUGUACAGCAAGAAGCAGAUUGCAGACAGCCUGUUGCCACUCGCAGCCAUACCACACAGACCAGUAGCAGCCAUGUGGUUUUGCCGGCGACUGAAAAUUCUGCUGCUAGUCCACCAAUGACUGUCCCAUCACCAUCCUCGGAGACAGGCGAUGCGCCAUCACAUCAUCCUAAACGUAAAAGCAGCAGCUCGGACCUCUCCUUUGCCGAAGGUCCAGCUGAUGGUGACGGCCAUCUAGCUUGUGGUGAGGAGACCACCAUGCCUACACCCAGUAAGCAUACCACCGCCCGCAAGGCGCGCAUGAAGAAGCGAACCCGUGCUGAACGUAUUCAAAAGCGGAAGCGUUUCGUCAAGCAAAUCGACUCGGACAGCAGCGAUGAAGAUAGCUCUGAAUCUGCCGCACGUCACAUUCUGGAUGCCAGUCUGGCGUCACACCGAAGUGCGUCAUCACCUGCUGUCUCCAGCGUAGCCACGGAGCCGUCGCCGCCGCAGCAGCAUGCGUUCCACAAUCACGAGCCCUCUGCUGAUUCCGACGUCGCCGAUGACUCAAUGGUGAAUCUAAGACGCACGGCCACCGGUAGAUCACGGACCACUUUAGUAAUGUCUGAUUCCUCGUUUGCCGCUCCUGCUGCUGUUAAACAAGGCAGCCGUUGUCGUCUACAGAUUGUUUCCGAUUCUGAUGCAUCUAUGCCGCUGGCUAUCGCGUCUCCAAUCGAGGAAGGUGUUGAUGCAGUCAGUGAGACCAAGCAACUGCAGCAGAAAAAGAAGAAAGCAGCCAAGCGCCAAUCGCUGGUGACAUUUUCUCCUUCUGCUAAAGUGGCCAGUAGUAACACCAGUAUCACUCCUGAUUCUUCAUUUGCUGCUGCUCCGCGGCCAAGUGACCGUCGUCGUCGGAGGCACCAAAUUCUAUCUGAUUCCGAUGCAUCUUUGCCGGCAAUUGCUCCUCCGCAGCAGGAGGAGGACGAGGAAGAUGUCCGUACCACCCAAGGGCACAUCAAGCCUCGGAAGAGCAAGAAGGCAGCCGCCAAGCGCAAAUCGCUGGUCACGUUUUCUCCUUCUGCUAAGGCGGCAAGCAGCAACACCAGCGUCUCCCCUGAUUCUUCGCUUGCCGCUGCCACUACCUAUCAAGGCAAGCAUCGUCGACUGAUUGCUUCCGAUUCUGAUGCUUCAGUGCCGGAAAUAGUCCUUCCAGUGGAGGAGGAGGAGGUGAGGGUAGUUGACUGUGAGGACAAAGUUCAGCCAUCAGCCGACCACCUGGAAGACGAAGCACACACUGCCGCCCAAGCUGAAACACAGAGCACGCCCUUGCGACGCAAGACGCACAAGCGCAAGAAAGCAGCCAAGCGCCAGUCCCUGGUCUCGUUUUCUCCCUCAGCCAAAGCUGUAAACCCGCCGGAUAGCUUGCCAUCUGACACGUUACAGAACUCUGCAGAGCAGCUAGCCACCAUGCACACUGACGCUGAGGCGCUUGAGGAGCCUCUCUCCUACGACGCAUCGCCCAAAACUCUGCAGACCUGCUCGGCGAGGGAGGCGUUUGGCGCGUUACUGCCGUCGCCGAUCAUCGAAGAAGAUGAGGAGAACACCACGCUUUCCAGAAGCCGUGCUCCUAGUCGCUGUACUGUGCAGGAGGGAAGUGUGCAGAGCCGGUCGCAAGCACUGAUUUGUAGCACUCCAAGCAAACGACUGUCCACUGCUGCUACUGAAGUCAGUUCACCCAACCCAUCCUCAUCGCCUGUCGCUGCCUCCAAGAAGAAGAAGAGUAAGAAGACUAAGAACUUGCAGCGUGCUCUGCUGGACUCCUCCGCGUCCAGCCUCGAUAGCACACCGAUCACUCGCAGUCUCCGACUGAACAAAUCACCUCUAAGUGUUGCCAGUGCUGCUGCUGCUUCGGAACAGCGUGUAGACGAAAGCCCCGUGCUUAGCGCUAUGUCGUCUACUAGCCUAGUCAGUAAUGUCAGCAGCCAUGCUCCGACGACGGCAAACACAGCGUCGGACGCGGACACGGCCCUGUCUCCACAACAACAGCGUCGGCAGUCGACGAGUGCCACUAUCCCGCACAGCCCGCGCGACAUCUGCGACGCUGCUUCGCUAGUGUCGGUCAACGAUGCCACGGCGUCGUCACUUUCCUCUGCUGGCUCCGAGCUCAUCCAGGAAAAAGGAAGGGCAAGGAAACUGCGACGGUCUCUGAACCACUCCAAGUCGUUUUCUGCUGCGCUGUCAAAGAUGCUGCCCGGUGCCAGUGGAAAGUCGGCCAAGCAGCAAGCAGACCAGCUGUCCAAGGAGCCGCCGCCGUCGCAAUCUCUCAAGCAAGCCCUCGUUCGUCGUCGUUCAAGCUUGCGACUAUCCAAGGCGGCGCCAUCCGCCAAGGAAAAUGAAGUCGCGGGCAGCAGUACCCAAACCGGGAAGAAGUCACGUCGUGCUAGCACCAGCAGUGCAGACAGUGUGACAACGCCAGCCGGGCGGCGUGAGAGCUUACGACGCGGCGCCUCGUUCCGCGUACUGCCCUCCUUCCCUGAAGUCCCGGCCAAGUCCAGGUUUGCCGUCGCCGCAGAGGAACAAGGCAACAAUGACGACGACGAAGGAUGUGAUAAUGAGAUUGUUGACCGUAGUCCAGCAACACUAACACCGUCUACUUGUGCUGCCGAGAACAGCAACAAACUCAGCGUUGUCGCGGCGAAGGAAACGCCUGGUCCAUCGCUCUCUCCCAAUGGCUGUAUAUCCUUUGGUCCGCGCCGUGUUGCUAAGCUCAGCUCUGGCAAGCCGGCCGCUACAAAACGCCGAACAACAAACCACAGCCAGCGCAUUGCCAAGCUGCUGGAGGUGGUGCAGAAGACGCCGGACUUUGAGGAUACUGUUGGUCAAAGCACAGCACUGCUGCAGCAGCCUUCUGUUGUCGUAUGGCAAGUGUCGGAGGCAGACGCUCAGUCCACUGGCGGAGACGCUGGUACUCCCAGCCCCUUGCCACCUGCAUUCUCUGAGGAAUCAAUGUGCCCUGUGGAGGUGCCGGCCACUGGAGCAGCAGCGAGUGCUGUGUGUGCAUCGUCGCCGGCCAAUGACGACGACGAUGUGAUUGAGAGCAACGACAUGGAUGUAGUGCUGUACGAGGCUGAAGAGACGACGGCGAUGGUGGCGGGUGAGAAACAUGCCGCCUCGCCUGUGUCGAGACGGCGCUCUCUCCGCCGUUCUGGCAAGCGACGCUCGGCUUCAGCAUCUGCUGCGGUUGCGGAUGGCGACACACCACGUGGCAAGCGUAAGAAGCGGGUAUCGUCGGCCAACGGAGCAGCCUCUCCGACUGCCAGUCCGGUCAUUGCAGCGUGUCCCCUCGACACCGCGCCAGCUCCGCCAUCACCGCCGGCUGCUGGAGAUGCCGGGCAGCAACAGCAGCCGCCUCUAGCUUUGCAGGAGAACACCAAUGCUCGCAAGCGCACCCGCUCCGUGGGCCACAAGCCGUCUGUCACGUCAGCGGGUGAUGAUGCUGACGCUGCUGGCGUUGAAGAACAACCAGCCGGGGAGAACACUGCUCCCGGUCGCGGCCGCAGCAUGCGCCGUGGUAUCAAGCGCAGCAAGUCGCUCAAGACCCUCAAGACUCCAACGCAGCAAACCGGCCGACAAGCUGCUGCUGCUGCUACUGCUGUUAUACGAGACACGGAUGGUUUCGAAGUGCCAGGCGCUCUUGUGGAUCCCACUCAGAAAGCCAACAAGCAACCGUCUGUUGAGAAGCGCCGUCGUCUGAGUCACAUGCUGGCUGGAGCACCGUCCAUAUCGCCCGUGCCCGGCAAGGCCAAUGGUGUCAAUCGCCGUCGUAGCAUACUGCGUAACAGCACCUUGGCAAGCCGGGAGUCCAUGGUGUCCAUGUGCGAGCCAAACGCUAACAGUACCAGACUGUCCAUGGAUGGAGCUGCCACCGGUUCUGACAGUCGGCGUCAGUCUGUGGCCUUCUCAACGUUAAAUUCAUCACAAGCCGGUACCGGGCGUCGUCGCACUCUCUUCAGUCAGCGAGAUAACACACUGAGGGGAGAGACUUCGCUGAGCAUGUUUGGAGCGUCAAUGGCCGACGCCGGCAAGAGUGCUGCGGGCACCGGUGGCCGCAGGUCGGCCUCGUCCUCGUCGCACAGUCUCACGCAGAAGCAGAGUAUGCAGAUGAUGAUGGGCCUGUUCCGCACCGGUUUCAAAGCACCGACGGUGCGUGGCUCGGCAUCCACGUCACGCACUAGUCAAUAAGCAGCUUCAUGUCGCUUUGAUCACUUUACAAUCCGCCACACACACACACACACGCACACGGAGCAUUACCUGCGACUGUGCGGAUUCAAGACCAUAGUAAGUUAGACGUAGUAACGGAUUUGUUGUGUCAAAUGACUUGUCUCCUUGCUCGCGUCUUCCUUAUCUUUAUAACUGGUACGCGUUCACUGCCCAGGUACUGUUACAUACCUCUGCCCAGUACAGCGCAUGUGUAGUGGCUUGGUGACCUAGCAGGUAGGUAUUAUUUUGGUAGAUUUAGAAUAAUCUAUUUUAGUGGUUGCGGUUUGGCUGCUCAUUGCUCUGGCUACUCCGCAGCAGCUGGUACCAGCUUUAGUUAGAAUAUCCGUAGCUAGAUGCUGGACGGCUUGUUUUCUUUGUUCGUUUAGUCAGCGGUGUGUUCUGCACUCGCAGCGCUGUACAUGUAGGAGUGGGAGUACGGUCUACACUCUGCAGUACAACCUGUGUGUGUGUGUGCGUGUGUGUGUGCGUGUGUGUGUGGUGUCCAAACUGAGGUUGUUAUGGUGCAUAGUACUGCAUGCAUGGCAUUGCUUUACCUUCUCUUGUCGUGCCGUCUUCACAUUAUCGAGAUGUAUGGUUAUGUUAUGGCGCGCUUAUUUCUAGUUUAGCGGCGUCUGCAUCACGUACGCUUUUUAUUCUCUCUCUCUCCCCCCCCCCCCCCCCCCCCUCACACACAGACAUUUCACUGGACCAUAAUUAAAUUCAUGUCUAUAAAUGUGAGGUUCUUUCUUUUUCUUUCUGUCCUUUUUUAACCAACACACCCAUGUUAUGUGCAUCUCUUGCUUUAUAUCAGGAAGAGAUGAACAAGUCCUGCCUGACCAGCUGCCAGAGACGGGGACUAGUGGAUGUAUAUGUAGCGGAGAUUGUUACGUU